AAAGGAAGAAUCGGAGUCGUGAUAUCAUCAUAUAUGCAUUUCACAAAUGUAUCGGCAAGUGCUGAUCAAGCCCUGGACAGGUUUGCAAUGAAGAAAUUCUUUGAUGAUAAAGUUUCUGCCUUAAUGCAGCCGUCUCAGAAAAGGUAUGUGCACUUUCUGAGCGGCCUCCUCUCUGGGUCUGUGAAAAUGAACACCACCCCUCUCUUCCUGCACUACGUCAUCUUGCAUGGCAUCCCAAGCUUUGAUGCUGGCGGAGUUUGUCGGCCGUUUCUGAAGCUGUACCAAGCCAUGCAACCAGUUUAUACAUCAGGAGUAUACGUGGGGCCAGAGAACCAAAGCAGAAUCUGCAUCGCCAUUGAACCAGCCCAGCUUCUGAAGGGAGACGUUAUGGUUAAGUGCUACCACAAGAAAUACCGAUCGGCCACUCGUGACAUCGUCUUCCGCUUGCAGUUCCACACGGGUGCCGUUCAGGGAUAUGGUCUGGUAUUUGGCAAAGAGGAGUUGGACAACGCAAACAAAGAUGACCGUUUCCCUGACUACGGAAAAGUUGAACUGGUGUUUUCAGGAUCCCCAGAGAAAAUCCAAGGGUGUGAACACCUGCAGAAUGACCCGGGGGUGAUAGUGGACUACAACACCUCGGAUCCCUUGAUUCGCUGGGAUUCUUACGAAAAUAUGAGCCCUGAUGGUGAAGUUCUGCAUACCCAGGGCCCCAUUGAUGGAAGCCUCUACGCAAAAGUGAGGAAGAAGAGUUCCUCAGAUACCAGCAUUCCCGGUGGAGCCGCGGGUGCCGUGACCAGUAGCCCUGACCACGGCGACCACACUCUGUCGGUCAGCAGUGACUCGGGUCACUCCACUGCCUCCAUAAGGACAGACAAAACUGAAGAACGCCCCUCUCCGGGAACCAAGAGACUCCUGAGCCCCCAAGAGAAGGAGGAGUUGGACCAAUUGCUUAGUGGCUUUGGCCUGGAGGACCCGGUCAGUCCCCUCAAGGAUAUGACCGAUGCCCCAAGCAAGUACAGUGGGACUCGCCACAUAGUGCCGGCCCAAGUCCAUGUGAAUGGAGACGCCAAGCACAGGGACAGGGAGACAGACAUUCUCGACGACGAGCUGCCCAGCCAUGACCUCCACAGCGUGGACAGCAUCGGGACGUUGUCUUCUUCCGAAGGGCAGCAUUCCAACCACCUCGGGAACUUCAGCUGCCACAAGAGCAGCCAGAAUUCCCUUCUGUCGGACGGGUUUGGAAGCAAUGCCGGGGAAGAGCACCACAGUGCCGUGGCUCCGGAUCUGGGAAUCAGCGUAGACCCCAUGUAUGAGAGGUCCUUCGGAAACGCCGAGCCGAAGCCGUCUCAGCAGCUGCCAAGGAAUCCUCCGGUCUCUGCUCAGCCUCCGGCCUACAGCCCCAGUAGCUAUUCGACCCAGACGUGGGUGCGCCAGCAGCAGAUGGUAAUCGCUCAUCAGUAUGCCUACUCCCCAGACAGCGAGGUCAGACUCGGUCUUCACAAUUCGGUGGAGAAAUCGGGCAACCCGCAGAGCCAAGCCAGAGUUCCGGAGACUCCCGCCCGGGGCUGCAGCAGCAGAGAUGCUGUACAGAGAGGGCUGGGAAGCGUGCCUCCUUCCAACGAGACGGCAGAAUCCCCUAGCCCGGAAGUUCUAAAGCCAAGAUUGGACCCCGAGAAGGUCACAAAUGACAUCGACCUGCAGUUGAACGCAGGAAACGGCUUGGGGUCCUUGCCCUCCUCCCCCACUCUGGAUAUCGACCAGUCGAUUGAGCAGCUGAACAGGUUGAUUUUGGAGCUGGACCCAACGUUUGAGCCGAUCCCCACCCGCAUCAAUGCUGUCAACAGACACACAGGUCAACUGAAUGGAUUUGCCAGCCACGAAAUAGACGUGGGAGGUCUCGGGAUGAGCCCUGGAUUCCACGGGAAAACAGAGGUCUCCAACCGGAAUCUGCCACAGCAGGCUGCCGUCGACCAUCCCGAAAGUCCAGGACCUGCAGUCCCUGGAGGGGAGACGAAAGAGGUAGGGGCUGCGUGCUGUCACGGAAACCUGCAUGAACCAGAUGGCGGUAUGUUCUCACCAACCAAGAAUGGAAAUGAAUCAGCCCCAGCUACUCCAGCAUUUCCAUUGUCGGCAGAGACUCCGUAUGUGAAAACUCCCCUGCAUUUCCAGCAACUGAAUCCGUCUGGCAGUCAGAGCUGCGUCUCGUCAGAGAUGUAUAGGACUACUCAUGAACCUCGAGGUUAUCUGGAAGUCCUCAAUCACUCAGUUGUGAUGUCUGACAGCCCCCUGGGCCCAAGCCCUGCUUUGUUGCGGGCCGACACGCAGACAAAUCUUUCCUAUCCAAGGCCUUGCGGAGCCCUCUGCGACGUUUCAAACAGCCCUGUCUCGAAAGGAGAGAGUCCUCCUGCGGAUGAACAUGGUUGGCAACAAAGCAGUUCUAAACCCUCUGCGGUGCCCCAGCUUUCGGGAAAGAGCAACAGCCGGCCCGUAGGAAGCUAUUUUGCAACUCUGGAUCCCGCUGCCACCAUGCAAGAGGGUUCGCUUGCAUCCCAGUUCCAUUCCAGGGGACUCCAAAGAGGUCCAUUGGGCGGCCAGGAGAGUCCAUCAGCCGGGCUGCAGCAGGAUUCUGGGGCUAAUACCAGCCUCCGAGCUUUUCUGAAUUAUGGCGGGGCCACCACCGGCGAGGGCCAGCCGCUGGGGGAAAAGCAAGCCGUUUUCGUGGCGAAUGCGAAUGGAUCUCCCCAAACUGCAAGAUCACCGGCGGACAGUGGCCUCUUCCCAGACGGCUUCCUUGCGCCUGCUUCCGGACACAGCAGUCAGAGCAGUCCAAACCAGCAAAACACCGCAACGAACACUCACCCGCUACCCCCACUUCCCGAGAAGAAGAGGGGUUCAGAGGGAGAGCGUUCUUUCGGCUCCGUCUCUCCUUCUUCGAGCGGCUUCUCCAGCCCCCACAGCGGCAGCACCAUCAGCAUCCCGUUUCCAAACGUUCUUCCCGAUUUCUCUAAAGCUUUGAGCACGUCUCCAUUGCCAGAAAAUGCAGGUGAUAAACACGUGACCGUGAAAUUUGUUCAGGACACAUCCAAGUUCUGGUACAAACCAGAGAUUUCGAGAGAGCAAGCCAUUGCCGUCCUGAAGGAGAGAGAGCCGGGGUCCUUCGUCGUCCGUGACAGCCACUCCUUCAAGGGCGCCUACGGUCUGGCCAUGAAGGUGGCGAUCCCUCCACCCUCAGUGCUGCAGCUCAACAAGAAAGUUGGAGAUCUGUCCAACGAGCUUGUCCGGCAUUUCCUGAUUGAGUGCACCCAUAAAGGAGUGAGGUUAAAAGGAUGCCCCAACGAGCCAUAUUUUGGGAGCCUGACGGCUUUAGUGUACCAGCACUCCAUCACUCCCCUGGCCCUGCCGUGCAAGCUUCUCAUCCCAGACCGAGAUCCACUGGAGGAGAUGUCCGAAACCUCCCCGCAGACCGCUGCGAACUCAGCUGCAGAGCUUCUAAAGCAGGGGGCAGCCUGCAACGUUUGGUACCUGAAUUCUGUGGAGAUGGAGUCGCUCACCGGUUACCAAGCCGUGCAGAAGGCCUUGAGUCUGACGCUCGUGCAAGAGCCCCCUCCCAUCUCUACCGUGGUCCACUUCAAGGUGUCUGCGCAGGGCAUCACGCUGACGGACAAUCAGCGGAAGCUCUUCUUCCGGAGGCACUAU